UGGUAUUCUAUAUAAAGAAUUUCAAGAAAAAGGUUUUUAUAGAGAGAUGGAGGUGAAUAAAUAAUGUAUCAAAUAUCAAACUAAAAAAAAUGAAUAUUUGUGCUGGGAUUUUUUAAAAGACUCAUUUCCUACUCUAAGGAACAACUUCAAGCUGAUUGGGUAAAAUUAGACCCACCUGGCUGUGAUGACUUUGCUCCUCCUGUAAUGAGCCCUGCUCAGAUCUGAGCUUGAAGCUGCUCCUUGGUGGAAAGGAUGCCUCGUCUCCCUCCGUCAUUCUCUGAGUUCUACUACGAGCCCCUGACAGAUGAUGUGGAGGAACUCCUGGCUCUGUUCCAGCACACUGAAACUGUCAGAUAUGAGCUCUUUUCAUCCAUUUGGCGAGAAAUGAGGUUCUCAGAUGUCUUCAUUGGUCUAACAAACAUGGCAGAGAUGAAGAGGUUCUCCGUGGUGGCACUGGGCACAGCCAUGAAGUACUUCCUGCCUCCUUACAGCUAUCAAAUUAGAGUUGGAGGCCUGUAUCUGUUGUUUGCUUUUUACAACACCCAAAACACAAUACCACCUGUGAAGAUUCGACUCGCGCUUAAGGACUGGGAGAAAGUUCAGAAGUUCUUGAAAGAUUCUGUUGAUGCUGGACACCUUGAUGUGAUUUACAUCUAUCACAAACUUGUUUCUAUCAAGGCCUUUCAAUAUGUUGCUAUGCCACAUAAUCUAACUUUUCAAAAGCAGAAGAAACUUAAGAAAGAGCGAGUGUGUGCAGAGUUUUUGGGGAGGACCUCUGCAGUGCUAGAGUUUUUCUCUUUAGAUAUCAUGGAAGAACUCAUCAAUAUCAAGGACCAGUAUGAGAAUCUGAAGAAGGCCACAGCUGAGGUGAGCGGUCAGGUCACCAUGACCAACCCAAACUUUGCCUCCCACCUGAAAGACUGUGAGUCAGAGUUCAUCACAUGGCAGCAGAAGACUUUUGCAAAAAACUGGAAUGAUGAGAAGUUAGAAGAAGAUGAUGAGAAGUCAGGGGAUGACGAUGCAAGCAGCAGCAGCUCCAGGGCCAGGCUCCUGUCCUCCAUUAAGAACAAGAGCUACAACAACUACCAACAGGCAUCUAAGUCCAGGAGGCACCGCAAGGCAACAACGGUGGACGUGUCCACCUCACAAGUGAAUGAUGUUCAAGAGCGAGUUGUCCAGAGAAAAAGGCCUCCGUCGCUACGAGCCCGCACCACAAAGAGUCUGGGGGAGGCGCAGGAGGAAAACAAGCUGCAGGCCUGGCUGCUGACUGCCCCUGAGGGGCAGGAGCGGGUCCCAUUCAAAAGGUCCCAGCAGCCUCCACCGUACAGAGAGCGAUGAGAUGGGAGCAAAGGUGACCUGCAGUUUCUCUUAAUUCAAUUUUAAUUGGUAGAGUUGGAUUUGGGCUUGUUUUUUGUGUGCUCAGUUACACAAUUAAUAGUAUUUACCUCAAAAUGUGUACUUUAUAAAUAAAUAAUAAAGAAUUAUUAGGAUGUUACAUAUGUCUCCCAUAUUUU